CGGAUUGAGUGUUAAAGAUAGGACACGGGUGUGAGGCGAGAUUUCGCACCAUUAGAAAUAAAAUAUAAAUGAUCUUGUUUUAGCGAUCUGGUGUGCGCAUUUCCACCGUGUGACACUUGCUAAUCUCUCGGUAGAGUUUCAUAAAUAAAGUUAGUCUUGUCUUACCAUCCUCAGGAUACACAAGUCGAUUGCCCCGCAAGAGGCCGUACUCUCAAAGCACAAAAAACUUAGAAGGGAGAUUUAGAAAAAAAUGGCUGAGGACGAUCCAUGGGCAUUCGACGAGGGUGAUAUUCAACCAGAGCCUGAAGCACCAGCAGCUGCUGCCGCAGCCGAUGGUGCAGCCACCGAUGCUGCUGGACGCCCCGAAGAGGAAGUCCCUUCAGGCGAUGACUCACACUAUCGUAAACCAAUAAAGUGGAACAGGCACUGGGUUAGGCCGCAAUUUCUACAGUACAACUAUAUGUACGACUACCGAACCAAUUACUACGACGAUGUAAUUGAGUACUUGGAUAAGAAGAAUCGAGGCUUGAAACCAGAAGUUCCACGGGCACAGACGUGGGCCGAAAGAGUGCUCAGGACGCACACAAGAAUUGAUGACGUUUACAAUUACAUGUCCGACUAUAGGAGCAAACACCGACCUGUGUUUGAAUGCUGCACACCAAUGAAGAAGGGCGACAGCAAAUUGAUUCAAACACUAAGUUCAUCCAUUAAGGCUCACAACUACCACUCGAGAGCCUACAUUAGCCGGAAGUAUUCCAGCAUUUUGUAAAACAAGUGGACAUUGCGAAGAGAAUAAAAAAAAUCAUCAAAAAUGAAUUCGAAAUGCAAAAUGUACGAAAAAUUUUGAAAAAAUAAAAUUUAUAAAUUGAGAAUCUCAAAUGAGAAUCAAAAACAAAAUGAUUUUAGAUUAAAUCUGACCCAAAAUGGAGCAAAAAAAAACAUUUUCAGAGUCAUCCCAAUGAGAAAAUGACUUUUUGAAAAAUGUUUAAAAGAAUAAUAAAAAAAAAGAAAAAGCUAAAUGUACGUUACGUCGUUUCAAAUCUCGUCUCUUUCUGUAAAAAAAGUAAAUAAACAACAAGAAGAAAUUAUGAAGAGCACCUCAAUAAAACUUAAAAAGAAAUGAAAAAUUGUUAUAAAAAAAUGUUUUUAAGAAAAGAGAAAAUAAUAGUAGAUUUUAUAAUUUUGAGCGGGACUUUAGUUGCAUCGCAAUAAAAAUAAAUUAUUUAUUUAAAUGUAAAUUACGUGAAAAAAAUGAAUUUGUGGAUUUAAAGGAGUUCUGUCGGAUUAUAUCUAGUUUAAGUCCUUUGUCAGAGAAUUUAAUGAAUGUAGAAAUAAAUGAGUUUUAAUGUUAAAAAAA